AUGGCAACCCCCGCCCCGCCCGCCUGCCGCGGGGGCAGAGCCGCGGCCGCCGCCAUCGGGCCGGGCGCUGGGCCCGGCCGCGGCCAUGGGCGUCGGGAUGGAGAGCGGCGGCGGCAGCAGGCGGGGCCGAGGUGCGGGGCUCGGCGGCGGGGCGGGGGUCGAGGGAAAAGGCGGCGGGCGGGGCCUGCCCGAUCCGGGGUCCGGGGCCUGCCCCGGGGCUGCGGGGAGUCGGGGUUUGCCCUGCCGCCGGGGGGCUCCGCUCCGGUGGCUGCCGAGGGCGAACGAGGCUUGGCCGCCGGCCUGCAGCCGCCGUGGGCGGCUUCAGGGGGGCUCCGUGAGCCGCCCCGUUCUCGGGCGCUGUAUUUCGGCACCCUGGGGAGCCAGCGUGUCCCUCCUCUGAGUUGGUGCGGGUCUGAAGCCCACACGCUGCUUCACUGCGGGUUCUGUGUGCGCGGUACCCCUGAGGUGGCUUUUGGGUGUGGGUCCGAGGGCUGUGGCCUGGUGGGGUGUUGGAACAAACGUAGCGGAGAGAUAACGGCGUGGACGCUGGUAGAAAGUAAUUCCUUCCCCAGACAGACCGGCUUGGCUCUUCCUGGGAAUAGUGAUAGAGGCAUUCGCCAUACGCGAUACAACGGACAUAAACUGGAUGAAUACCCAGCUGUGGUUAUUCCCAGAUGUGGUCCAGCAAGUCCAUUUAAAGGACAGUUAAGUACUAAGAGUAAUGCUUUCUGUAUUGAUUCCACACGAAGUCUUACUAACCAGUACCUGAUCAGAGAUCACAUGAUGUUUCAUUAUAACAGAAUCCUUUCAGCCAAAGCAGCUGUAGACUGUUCAGCACCCAGAAGUAGGCUGACCAGCAUCAAACUUGCUGACCAGCAGAGAAGAGAGAGACUGAGAAAGAAGAUAGCCAGGUGUGAAAAAGAAAUGAGUGUGGGCAAAAAUGCCUCACGAUCCAGCUCAAGAGAGAGUGGAAGGCUGCUGUCAACCUCUUUUGGACAGAGUCCCUUGGAAGCAGAAGACAAAGACAGUCUGUUCCCCUCUGUUCAGCAUGCACGGUACCUGUCAAGAGCACUGUUACCUUAUGGAGAGCAUGGUUUGGUUCACUCCAGUCCAGUAAAACAUACCAGAAAACACUCUCGGAAUACAUCUAACAUGUCUAACUCAAACUCAAGUGUCAGUAUGUCAAGUACACCAAGAAAACACUCUGGAGUUUCAAGCAGUUGCUCUUCUGAUAGUUCUGUGAGCAUCGGUCGUUCCCAGAGGCAUCAGGAUAGGAACCCCAAAGUAUACAGUGGGGAUCUUCUAGACAGGCACUCUGAAUUAUUUACUGGAAGCCGAAAACCUUUUACUCCACGCACGUUAAUAUCAGAUGCUAAAUCCGUCCUGUCAGGUUACAGGUAUUACACUCCUGCUCGAAGGAAAAGAAAAAAUCGCUGCAAGCGGCAUGUGGAAGCUGAAACACAGACUGAUGCGAUCAGCUUUCCAACUACAGACGAAGCAUCUGGGAGAAAAGUUAUGACUGAACAGCAGAAGAUGACAGUUAAGGCUGGAGAUAACAAAUACGAUGUGGAUGAGCCUGAGAGAGGAAUAGCUGCUUUUCCAUACUCCUUUCUAAGAGAGACAUUGCUGUAUUCUGAGCAGUCAUCAGCAAGGACAAAUAUCGAGGCUGAAGAAGAUGACCUUUUAUAUUUAACUUUCAUUGAAGAUGUAACAAAUGAAAUUCUUAACCUUGGACUGUUUUCUAACAGAGUUCUGGAACAAUUGUUUGAGUGUUAUAUAGAAGAAAACAAGAGCCGCUUGGAUGAGAACAAGAUGCGGCACCUGUUGGAUGUGCUUAAAGCAGACCUCAGUUGCAGCACUGAGGAAAGCCACACGGACUGGGAAGCUGUGGACUCACUGGACCUGGAAGAGUUUAAUAUGGCGGAAGAGCCUGAGUUGACUAGAAAAAGUCAGAGGCAAAAGAAAGCUACAAAAAGUGAAGAAUUCCUUACGACCAUGGAUUUAUUAUUAAAGGAACCAAGCACAUGUGAAUCACCAGUUUGCAGUGAAAACUCAAAGGAGACACAGAGUAAAGAUGACUUCUCAGAAGAUGUUGCUGAAAUGAAGAACACUGAGGCAGAGUCUCACUCUUAUGUGAAAUCUGAAGACCCAGACACUUCACCUUCAUGUGAGGCAACUUUAAACUUGACUUGUGACAGUGAUUUGGAAGCCACCAAGGUACUUGAUGAUCUUGAGGAAAACUUUGCAGAGGUCCUUCAGAUCUCACGUGACUACUCAUAACAGUAGCCAAAAUUUAGCUGUUAAAUAGGAAUAAAGCUAGUUUUGUAGAGAACUGCCAUUUGUUAGAGUAAAUUGGUUAUCUUCAGUAUUUCUGUUAAAACACAGAUAAAGUCUCUCUAGCAGAGUAUCAGUUACUAAUUAAUGAGCAUUAGUCUCUGUACUAAUGUAGACUGUAAAGGGUAAAAAGUGUCAGCUACAAAAACUUUGUAUAUUUUGCCUAUAAUUGUACAACCCAUAACUAACUUUUGAGAAUGUUGAGAUAAGAUGUAUAUUUUUAGAAAGCUGUAAGAGUAAGUUAUGAAAUAUUUAUUGUUUUUAUUUAUAACAAAUAAAUUAACUGAUGAUAGUUCUAUUGCAAA